AUGAUAGAACUACCUCAUCUCAUUUUAAGAUAUAUUAUUAAUCAUGUGGAUUGCAAUACCGAUAGACUCAAUCUCUCGUUGACAUGUAGAAAGCUAUAUCAAGAGAGAGACAAAUAUCUCAUUUUCGAUACCACUCAUUUCACUUACUCUGCACUCUUUUACGAGAGAUCAUCACAAAUCAAUUUGAAUUCCUAUCGACAACAAUUUAAAUUUUCACAAAACAAUCGUCUCAAUCAAUUGUUAUAUAUAGUAGAUGAUCGUAGUAGUGUUACUACCAAAUCUACUUCUUCUUCCUCCACUUCCACUGCUACUUCCACUUCUACCUCCACUUCUACAACUAAUACCUCUGACUCUAAAAAAAUUCAUUACUAUAUUCACAAUAACACUGUAAAUAAGAGUGAGUGUCUCGAGUUCAACGAGCAAUUGCAACCGGUCUUAAACUUUAGAUACCUGGAAGACCAACCGCUCUCAAGACUCAUUACAACCAUUCGGUUUGAUGAUGACAUUCUAGAGUUUGAUCCACUGUUACUACCGAGCACGGUCCACACCCUUAUAUUGGGAGAGGAAUUCAAUCGUCCUCUCACUGAAGGUAUGAUUCCAGCUGGAAUACAAACCUUGGUAUUCGGAUACAAAUAUAAUCAAUUACUAUUUCCAGGUGUGCUUCCUCCGAGUGUAACCGAUCUCACUCUACAGGAGUCAUUCAACCAACCACUCUAUCGAUACGUUCAAUCGACCGUUGUCAAGCGGAACACUGCCAUCAGACUUGAGGAAACUACUGUUGGGAACGGUCUACAAUCAACGAUUGCCAGCGCUACCAAACAGUCUUAG